UCCUCCCCCAGCCAAGCUCCUCCUCUAAGUCUGAAUUGGGCAAGGGGGUCCCUACGGUUGAUUUAUGCCAGCAUCCCGCAGAAGACCUUGGCCGAGCUGUCCGUGUGUGUGAUCGCUCUUCCUUGUGCUGCUCCUGCUGCUGUGGCUGUCCCGCCGAAGCUCAAGGAUUCGCCAACUCCCCUUGCCUGCAGUGGCAACGUCUGCCCCCAUGGAUAAAGCUCUCCAGGUUGCCUUUUGUGCAUGCACCAUUUGGCUUUUGCUCGGAGAACUUCAUUGGGCAGGUGCUACCGAGGAUGAGGAUUCCAUCAGCAAGGACAGCGACUCUGUCAGAGGUGGCGGGAAGGACUGGCCGACGGUGUACGUCACGACCAUCUUGGAAGACCCCUACGUGAUGGCCAGAGGGACCGAGCUGGAAGGCUACUGCAUUGACCUUCUGGAGAAGCUUUCUGAGACGUUGCACUUCAAGUACAAGGUGGGCGUGGUGAAGGACGGGAAGUACGGAGCGCUGUCCCCCAACGGGAGCUGGUCCGGCAUGAUUGGAGAAGUCGUGAGAAAGGAAGCCGACCUUGCCGUUGCCCCGUUGACCAUCACUUCGGUGAGAGAAGAUGCCGUCGACUUCACCCAGCCCUUCCUUCACACCGGCAUUGGCAUCUUGCUUGAGAAGGAGUCUGCCCUGGAGGAGGCGUCUCUAUUCCACUUCCUGUCUCCCUUCAGCAAGGAGACGUGGGGUGGCAUCCUGGCCGCCUACCUCAUCUCCAGCCUUUGCUUGUUCCUUGCAGCUAGAAUGAGCCCCUGUGAAUGGGAUGGAAAUGAGGACGGUCGCUUCUCCUUCCUGAACUGCCUGUGGUUUGGGGCGGGGGCUUUCACCCUGCAAGGUGUGGUGCCUCAACCGAAGUCACUCUCCGUCCGGAUCGUUUCUGCCAUCUGGUGGCUGUUCAGCAUCGUCCUCCUGACUGCCUACAUCGCUGGCUUCAGCUUUAUUUUGGAAUCAGGAUCCGAACAGCUGUCCAUUCAGACUUUUGAAGAUCUGGUGAAGCAGAGGGAGCUGGAGUUCGGGACCAUGGAAGGUUCCUCCACACUCCUAUAUUUCAAGAACUCCAAGAACCCCAUCCAGCAGAUGGUCUAUGAGUCCAUGAACAAGAAGAAAGAGACGGUUUUCGCAAAGAGCUACCAGGAGGCCAUUCAGCGUGUCUUGGAUUCCGAUUAUGCUUUCAUCGGAGAGUCCAUCUCUCAAGACCUUGCUGUAGCCAGGCACUGCAAUUUGGUCCGCUCCCCAGAAGUCCUAGGAGCUAGGGGAUUUGGCAUCGCGACCCCCAAAGGAUCCCCCUGGACUAACAAACUCUCGGUGGCGAUCCUGAAACUUGGAGAAUCCGGUGAAUUGGAUUACCUUCGGAGCAAGUGGUGGGAGAGCAGUUGCUCCCACGAUGACCAUGACAAGUGGAGCCCCUUAAAACCUCACGCUCUGGGGGGAAUCUUCCUCAUUCUUGCGUUGGGCCUCGCGCUGGGAAUGGUGGUCGCUGUGAUUGAAUUGUCCAAAAGAAGCCGGCACAGAGCUGAACAGGAGAAGAAAUCCUGCUGCUCAGUGUUCACCGAGGAGAUGAGCCAACGACUGCGCGUGAGAGAAGACAAGAAGCAAGAGACCGCAGGGAAGACAAAGCCGUGAAAGGGUGUCGGCAAAGCUGGAGGCCAAACCUGAAUGAACUUUCAAAAAUUUCUACCCGACUCUGCAUUCCGUAGCAGCGAGCUCUCGUCUCUCGUAACAGUAGAAGAAAUUUGGGAAUUUUUGGGGUUGUUUUUUUUUUAGCAUAGCUUCAUUGCAAUAACAAAAACCCCUUGAAUCGCAAACCCCUUGCAGCUGAAUGAGCCAUUUGGGGGAUUAACAGGAUCUGGGUUCAAGAGUCUUAACCUUUCUAGUGCUCAAAGGUAAAUAUGAUUGAUAUCUGCCAGCUGACCAGUAUUGACAGCAUUCAUUUGGAAGUUUAGGGAAACAGAUCCAAAC